AUGGCGACUUUCCUCGAGACUUCGUACAGUUUGGUACACCAGGACAAUGCGGCCGAUCAGCCCUCGCAGCAGGACCUCAAGACGCAGCUGGAAAAGGGCACAGAUGAUUCCAAGGUGGAGACGAUGAAGCGCAUCUUGACAAUUAUGCUCAAUGGGGACCCAAUGCCGAACCUCCUCAUGCACAUCAUCCGCUUCGUCAUGCCAUCGAAGAGCAAGCCAUUGAAGAAGCUGUUAUACUUGUACUACGAAAUAUGUCCGAAGCUGGAUGCUGCUGGGAAGCUGAAGCAGGAGAUGAUUUUGGUUUGCAACGGCAUUCGAAUGGACCUCCAACAUCCUAACGAGUACAUCCGCGGCAACACCCUUCGCUUCCUCUGUAAGCUACGCGAGGCCGAGCUCAUCGAACCACUCCUCGCUCCCGCCCGAGCUUGCCUCGAGCACCGUCAUUCCUACGUUCGUAAGAACGCGGUCUUCGCCAUCGCCUCGAUCUACACACACUCCGAGGCUCUCAUGCCAGACGCACCGGAGCUGAUUCAGGCCUUCCUCGAGGGCGAGAGUGACAACACCUGCAAGCGGAACGCUUUCGCUGCUCUUCUCAGCAUCAGUCAUGAGAAGGCCUUGGAGUACUUGAGCGGCGUGUUCGAGGGCAUUCCCAAUGCAAGCGAACUUCUGCAAUUGGUCGAGCUGGAGUUCAUUCGGAAAGAUGCGGUUCAAAAUCAACAGAAUAAGGCACGAUACUUGCGAUUGAUCUUCGACUUGUUGGAAGCAAAGGACUCGACAGUCGUAUAUGAGGCAGCGUCUUCCCUCGUCGCGCUUACGAGCAACCCUGUGGCGGUCAAGGCAGCAGCGUCCAAGUUCAUUGAGCUCAGCAUCAAGGAGUCGGACAACAAUGUAAAGCUCAUUGUGCUCGAGAAGGUCAAUUCGCUGCGCAAAGCGAACGAGGGCAUCCUGGACGACUUGACCAUGGAGAUUCUGCGUGUCCUUUCGAGCCCGGAUCUGGACGUGCGAAGAAAGGCAUUGGAAUUGGCCAUGGAUAUGGUUUCCAGCAAGAAUGUGGAAGAGGUUGUAAUGCUUCUCAAGAAGGAGCUCGCAAAGACCGUGGACGAGCAGUACGAGAAGAACAACGAAUACCGGUCCCUACUCAUCCACUCCAUUCACCAGUGUGCUAUCAAAUUCUCCGAGGUCGCGCAAAGCGUCGUUGGCCUGCUUAUGGAUUUCAUCUCGGAUUUCAACAACGCUUCAGCGAUCGAUGUCAUCUCUUUCGUCAAGGAGGUCGUUGAACGUUUCCCGAAAAUGCGCAGCUCAAUUGUCGAGAGGCUGGUCUCCACGCUUAGCGAAGUCCGGGCUGGCAAGGUGUACAGAGGCAGUCUUUGGAUCAUUGGAGAGUACUCGCUUGAGCAGAACGACAUCAGAGAAGCAUGGAAGACUAUUCGCGCAAGCUUGGGUGAAAUCCCAAUCGUCGCAUCCGAGGCUCGUCUACUGGAGGAGCAGGCCGAUAGCGAAACAGGGGCCAACUCCGAACAAGUGAAUGGUCAUGCAAAGCCUGCUGCUCCUACUGGCUCCCGCAAAGUCCUUGCCGAUGGAACGUAUGCUACUGAAAGCGCCCUUACAAGCCAGUCCUCCGCUAAAGCUAAGCUGGAUGCCGUCAAGGCUGCUCAGAAACCACCACUCCGGCAGCUCAUUCUGGACGGAGAUUACUUCCUCGCAACCGUCUUGUCCUCAACUCUUACAAAACUCGUGAUGCGUCACAACGAAAUUUCCGACGACUCCGCCCGAACAAACGCGCUUCGUGCUGAGGCCAUGCUCAUCAUGAUCUCCAUAAUCCGCGCUGGUCAAUCACAAUUCGUCAAGGCACCAAUUGACGAGGAUUCUGUCGACCGUAUCAUGUCCUGUGUACGGUCGCUUGCCGAAUUCUCCCAGAAGAAGGACCUUGAAGUUGCAUUCCUUGACGACACCAGGAAAGCAUUCGUCAACAUGGUUCAAGUCGAGGAGAAGAAGCGUGCCGAAAAGGAUGCCGUGCUGAAGUCCAAGAGCGCUGUCCAGGUUGAUGAUGUCGUCACAAUCCGACAGCUCAGCAAGAAGAACGCAGUGGAUGGCGCAGAUGAGGCUGUGGUCGAUCUGGAGAAGGCAACUGGCGGCGAUGCAACGACAGAAGAUCUCAGCUCCAAGCUCAGCCGUGUCGUACAACUUACAGGCUUCUCCGACUCUGUGUACGCCGAGGCUUACGUGCAGGUCAACCAGUUCGACAUCAUCUUGGAUGUGCUACUCGUCAACCAGACGCGCGAGACUCUCCAAAAUCUGUCCGUCGAGUUUGCAACUCUCGGUGACCUCAAGGUUGUCGAAAGGCCAACGACUCAGAACUUACCCGGCCUCGACUUCCUCAACGUCCAAGCUACGAUCAAGGUCUCAUCAACCGAUACCGGCGUCAUCUUCGGCAACGUGGUCUACGAUGGCCCAUCUUCGACCGAAUCAAAUGUUGUCAUCCUGAACGACGUUCACGUCGACAUCAUGGACUACAUUCAACCAGCCAACUGCACAGAGACACAAUUCCGAACAAUGUGGACCGAGUUUGAGUGGGAGAACAAGGUCAACAUCAACACCAAGAUGCCUGCUGGUACAGGACUGAGAGACUUCUUGCAACGACUAAUGAAGGUGACCAACAUGAGCUGCUUGACGCCUGAGGCCAGUCUGAAGGGUGACUGCCAAUUCUUGAGCGCGAAUCUGUACGCGAGGAGUGUAUUCGGUGAGGAUGCUCUAGCCAACUUGAGCGUGGAGAAGGAAGGCGAGAAUGGUCCGGUCACUGGCUUCAUGCGGAUACGCAGUCGCUCACAAGGCCUGGCGCUCAGUCUAGGCUCACUGAAAGGUCUGAGCAAGAUUGGCGAAUUGGUUUGAGC